AUUACGGAAGGGUAAAUUAGGAUAAUUGCCGUGGAAUUCACUUAUACACGGAUUUCAUGACCCAUUGACGAGUGUUAAAGCCAUAUUGUUUCCACACUUUUCGAUCUUAGAGAUGGUCAACAAACAGAAUAUCUUGGGCCACUACUGAUGUGUAUAAUACCUAUAGUUUAUACUCGCAGGGGACGUAGUUCCCUUCUAAUAAUUUUAUAAUCUCCACCGUCAUUCCAGCCUUUUCCAGCUCCUUCAAUCAACUUUGUCAAGUUUUGCUCUGGGUACACUUGCCUCCUGCUUGCCUUAGUGUCAGAUUCCAAGGAACUCACUGGUUUGUCUCGACGAUGUGGACGAAGAGGAAACAUCCAUGGUUACCGGGGAAAAAAAGCUCGGUCAUCCAAUGUUAGAAACCUGGUGCUGUUCGGGCAUUACCUCUUUCAUCAGUUUUCACAUGAAACAACAAAAAAUUUGCCGUUUCCUUCCUUCCAUUUAAAAAUAAAAUGGGAAGUACUAACUCGCCCAUGCUUAUUGCAUAAGUACCUGUUUACGAAUGAAUAGCAGCCAAAUUAUACUAGGCCGUCCCGACAUUUGGAGCGCCACCAAGCAGCCGGAGUCGCAUGCAUGAUACCACCAUUUCUGAUUUCUAAAUGCAAGGUCUCAAGAAUCACAGCUAGCAGAUGGAUCUGUCGCCAAUUUGCCAUGGUUGACCUCUCGACACCUACCCACAACAAAACAAGCCGGUACUAGAUUUCGACGAACGCGUGGCGUCGGCGUGCCAUGGGUUCCGUCAGAGCUGUCCAAGGAGAGCGAGAUCCCUCGCAGGAGGCAGAGAAACGCCGGCCGUCCGGCCUGGGGACCGUCACUGUCGUCUUCUUGCUCGCGUUGCCGCUGCUCCUCCUGUUCUUCCUCUUCGGCGACCGAGCUGUCGCCUCCAUCGCCGCCGAUUACCCGGUCUGGCAGCGCUUCAAAGUACAAAGCUCCGGCAAUGCGUCGUCGUCAAGGAGAGCGGAGCGCUGCGCCCACGACCGGCUCCUCGGCGGCCUCCUCUCGCCGGACUUCGACGCAGCGACGUGCCUCAGCAGGUACGAGGCGUCCAGGCGCUGGAAGCCGUCGCCGUUCCCGGUCUCCCCUUACCUCGUCCGGAAGCUGCGGCAGUACGAGGCGAACCACCGGCGGUGCGGCCCGGGCACCGCGAACUACCGCGACGCCAUGGCGCAGCUCAUGUCCGGCCGCAACGCCGACCGCGCCGAGUGCAAGUACGUGGUGUGGCUCCCCCUCCAGGGCCUCGGCAACCGGAUGCUCAGCGUCGUCUCCACCUUCCUCUACGCGCUGCUCGCCGGCCGCGUCCUCCUCGUCCACGAGCCCCCCGAGAUGGAGGGGCUCUUCUGCGAGCCGUUCCCGGGCACCUCGUGGGUCCUGCCGCCGGAGUUCCCCUACACGGACGGCUUCUCGGCCGACUCGAAGGAGAGCUACGUGAACAUGCUUGAGAACAACAUCGUCCGCUACGACGGCAGCGGCGAUGCCGGCGCUCUGCCGGCGUACGUCUACUUCCACCUGGAGCAAAUCUCACUCCGGCUCCAGAACCACACGUUCUGCGAGGAGGACCACCGCGUGCUCGGCAGGUUCAACUGGAUGGUGCUCCGGUCGGACAGCUACUUCGCCGUGGCGCUGUUCCUCAUGCCGGUGUACCGCGGCGAGCUGGACCGGAUGUUCCCGGCGAAGGCGUCGGUGUUCCACCACCUCGGCAGGUACCUCCUCCACCCCGGGAACCGAGCGUGGGGGAUCGUGGAGAGGUUCUACGACGGGUACCUCGCCGGCGCCGACGAGCGUCUCGGCAUACAGGUCCGCGUCGCGCCGUUCCUCCCGAUCACUUUUGAGGUCAUGUACGAGCAGAUCGCCCGGUGCGCUCGGGAGCAUGACCUUCUGCCACAAGUGACGGGCGAUCCGGGUGCCCGGCCGGCGAGCGGCGCGGCGAAGGUGAAGGCCGUGCUGGUGGUCUCCCUGAAGCCGGAGUACUACGACAAGCUGCACAGCGUGUACUACACGAACGCGACGGCGACCGGCGAGGUGGUGACGGUGUUCCAGCCGAGCCACGACCAAGACCAGCACACGGAGGCGCUGGCGCACAACGAGCGCGCCCUGGCCGAGAUCUUCCUGCUCAGCUACUCCGACAGGCUGGUGACCACGGGGUUCUCGACCUUCGGGUACGCCGCGCACUCCCUGGCUGGGCUCCGGCCGUGGCUGCUGCUGCUGCCGGACCGGGCCACGAUGAGGGCCGAAGUUGCUUGCGUGAGGUCGGCCUCGGUGGAGCCGUGCCUGCACUCGCCGCCGUCGCUCGUCUGCCGGGCAGAGCAGGAUCUUGAUCCGGUGGCGCAUGUUCCAUUCUUGCGCCCCUGCGAAGAUGUGUACUUUGGUCUCAAGCUGAUUUAGUGACUCCCUGAGUUGGAAAUGGUGUCUAUAGAGUGUUAAACAAGAACACCUGUUAAAAAGUGAAACAAAUCCGCAG